AUGCUACCACGAAACUUACUGCCUGAGCCCAUUGCAAAGACUGAAAGUGGCCAAAGGGGAGCAUGGAUUGUUACUCCGGGUCGGCCAUCAAAAUCAAGUUCCGAAAUCGCCAGAACAUUGUCUAGUCGCAGAGCUGGAGCUCCUUCGACAUCACACCUGAACGAAAUCGGCCCUGAACUGGAUAAUUUGACACUCACUGAUUCAGUACAACUUCGUUUACGAGGCGGAGCCGAUUCAGAGGAUGAAGAAUACUCUGAAAAGAAAUACGCACCGCCUUCAUCUACACUCAGCUCGCUACCUUCAAUAAGAUCGACAUAUCCUUCCCCUCAAGAAUGGUUACAGCACCUAUUGCUUCAAGGUGACCACGCAACUACGCCCUUCGAUUAUUCGCGUGCUACAAGGAUACUGGGUCUUGAACAAGGAGCAUCACCUGGCUUCGUAUCGUCAGCCACCUUGCAGGUGCCUGACUCUUCAAAUACGCGUGGAUCUGGUGUAUGGUCGUCUUCUGAGACCUUGACAAAUCAAUCUCCACAGGAACGCAUGCCAAACUAUUCGCAUUUACAUCCAUCACAAUCCCGUUCAUCCGCUGGCAGGGAGGAUGGCGAACUUAGGCGUUGUCCCAUGGUGAUUCGCGAGGAACCUCCUCCUGUUAUUCGAGUGAUCCAGCCCCGAUCAAGCGUAUCCCAAACUGUCAAAUCCAACUUUCAGGAGCUGCUUUCAGAUAAUGAUCCCGGUCCACCCUACCCAGGCGACGGUGGCCAUCUUCCCGCGCCACCACCUCUGGUAGAUGAUUCUCGCGAUCCAGACAUGGACCUUGCCCCCCGCAUCGUCAUGAAUCCUAGCAUGCCCACGCGUUCAAAUUUACCGGUCGAACGAUUUCUGCAGUUCCGAAAUCCGAAUGAGCCUAUGAGAGCAAGGCAGAGCGAGGAGAAUAGACAGCCGGCAACGACACCGGUCAAUCAUCAAACGACGCAGGCCAACAAUCAAAGACGGGACCCCGGUGAAGCAUCUAAGUUAUGCGACUGCUGUGGAGAUACUGCAGGGAUGUGGUGGGAUUGCUGCAGUUUGAGUUUUGAAGCGCUAGCUGGGUUGUGUGUUAUCUUGUGA